CAUGUGUCACGUUAAGAAACAGAUCUUCACCAACCACUGAAGGAAUGAUGCUGCUCAUAAAUCUGUCAAAUUAAGAUGUUCACUGUUACUCUUGCAGAUUCGCUGUUGGACCCACCAGCGGAGCAAAAUGCCAGAUUGGAAUUCACAACUGGGCACUCUUCUCUUUCUCUGCCCGCUCUUCCGGGGUGCCCUGAGUGCCUGCACCAUGAGCAUCACCAAGGAGUGCCGCAAUGCCGUGCCAGGGGUGCGGCUGGCAGGGCAGGGCUAUGACGUGGUGACCCUGCAGCCCAAGGGGGCCUUCGUCAUCGACGUGAACACCUGGCACACGGCCAACAGGAGCUGCACUCUCUGCGAUAAUGAGCUGCUCAAUGGCGUGCGCCAACGGCUGCCCAUCUCGCUGGUGGACUGGCGCACCCUGAGCUCCUGCCGGCGCUCAGUCUCCAGCCAGCUUUACCGAUCGGCCGCAAAGCUGGCAGAGUCCGCCAGCUCCUCCAUCACCAACAACUGGCACGUGGACCUCUCUGUGCAAAAGCCCGAAGUCGGUGUCAAUGUGGUGCUGGCUGGAUCCCAUUCCAAGAUGGUGGAGUUUGGCACCAGCCGCUCCCAGAGCGAUCACUACAGUUUCGCCAGUCACCAGUUCCAAUGCCUCUACUACCGGUAUCGGGUGAAGGAAAAGCCCCUUCUGUCUCCCGAUUUCCAACACUCUCUCUCCAAACUCCCAGCCAGCUCUGUUGGUCAUGACAAGUACCCUUAUCAGAAGCUGGUGGCUACCUACGGUACCCACUACCUCAAGUCAGUGGAGCUGGGCGGGCGCUACAAGGACGUGACGGCUAUUCGGACAUGCGAGGCAGCAUCCGAGGGCUAUACCACCGAGGAGGUGAAGGACUGCCUGUCGGUGGAGGCCAGUGUCACGGUGGGCCUGACCACCACAAUUUCACCGGGCUACAAGCGAUGCCAGGAGAAGGCGCGCUCCAUGAAGCACCAUGACAACUUCCACCAGGCCUUCAGCGACCGGGAGACGGAGGUGAUGGGAGGCCGGGCCCGGCAAGGGGCCGACCUCUUGUUCUCCGGGGAUGGCAUGGCCUUCGCCCGCUGGAUGGACAGCUUGCUCGCCUCCCCGGGCCUUGUGCGCUAUGCCCUAGCACCGCUGCACCACCUGCUGCCCGAUGGCGACCUCAGGCAGAAGAACCUGCGGCGCUACAUCAGUGAGUACAUCAUGGAUAAUGCCCUCUCCCAGAAAUGUGGAGCGGGCUCUCGGUGCCCUCACGGGUCCUACCGUGAUCCGUGCCAACCCUGCUCCUGCCUGUGUCGCGAGGACAGCCAUGUGGACCGCAACUGCUGCUCCAAGAUGAAGGGACUGGGCCACCUAGUGGUCACUGUCCAGGAGGGCCGGGACCUCUGGGGGGACGUCUUCUCGGGCACCGACGGCUACGUGGUGGUCAGGUACGGCCAGGCGCAGGCCAGGACCUCGGUGAUCUCAGGCAACAACAACCCCAGGUGGAACGCCAAGCUGGACCUUGGCCAGGUCAAGGCAGAGAGCGGGCACAAGCUGACUAUCGAAGUCUGGGACCAGGACGACAUCAGCAACAAUGACCUCCUGGGAAAGUGCCAGAUCAGACUGACUUCCGGCAACCACUGCGAGGUCUGCUACCUCAAGUCCGGCAAGGUGACCUAUGCCUACACCUUCACCUGCAGCCUGCACCUGGGCAGUGCCACCUGCCAGGAUUACACGCCUGGUCCUGGCAGUGUGCCCUUCACCACUGCCCUGGGUGGAACCAACCGCACCCUCCUUCUUAACACACACUUCCCUAACACCCGCUCCAAAUCGCCAAUCCCCAUUAUCUAAUUCCCCUUACCUUUACCUCCGACAGUGUCUUUCCCGGACUGUAUCCUCACUAUCCCCAUUGCAGCAUUGUAAGCGCCAUCUAUGCCAUUACAUUGAAACGCUUUGAAGGCUUUUUCCGACCGUGCAAGCAGCUC